AUGGCCAAACAACUCCAUCAAGACUUCAUCACUGCUAUCACAGUAAUGCAGCCCUCUCUUUUAGCCUCUAACCUAGCUUUGAUCCGAUGGUCUCCUCCAGCGAACUCUGCAAUCAAAUUAAACUUUGAUGGUUCAGUUUUUCAAGAGUUUGAUGAUGCAGACCUAGGGGUGGUAGCUCGAGAUUCUAAGGGUUUGGUAUUGGCACCUCUGGUGGAAAAAGUUCUCCAGCCCAAUUCGGUUGCUGAGUUAGAAGCCAUGGCUGCUGUGUGUGCUCUAAAUUUUGCUCAGGAACUCAACCUCUCUUCCAUUAUCUUAGAGUGUGAUUCAGAGAUUAUUUUCAAAGCUCUGCGUAGCAAUGAAGAUUCUCUCUUCCCAUAUGGUCACCUUAUUGCCGAGGCAAAGCUUAUCUCAGAUUCCUUUUGUUCAAUUACUUUUAAUCAUGUUCGUAGGCAAGGUAAUUAUGUAGCUCAUAAUUUUGCUAGAUAUGUUAUUAGUUUUUCUGUGUAG